GUUCUCAUCCUUCAUUCCAAGUUCCAACUGAAACUUGCAUGUUCGACAUGAUGCACGUGGCAACUCUUGUUGGAGCUUUGUUGGCUUUCAGCUGCACGUUUACAGAUGCCAGUCUGGAAGAGGAGUUAUGGGACAGGUUCCGACUGUGGUUCCACGCCAUGGAUCACAAUUACGACAAUAUCAUUUCCCUAGCGGACAUAGCAAACUGUACGGCAAAACACGUGACCGGAUCCGAGAACGCAGCUAGAGUCCAAGCGAAGUGUGAGGAGUUUCUUCCCAGAUGGCUCAAAUUCUUUGUCCUCAGAGGCCAAGACAGCAUCACAGAAAACCAGUUCCUCCAGAACUUCAUGGCAUUGAGAAGUGAUGACUUUGAUAAAUUUGAGAAAGUUGUUUACCAAGGUGCUAAGCUGUACUGGAAAAUCAUGGACAUGAACAACGACAGGGUCAUAUCAGAGGACGAAGACGCUUGCGUGGGGGACGAGCCGUAUGAUGCUUUCGUGUUGUCUGUCAAUUUCGCCAAUUACAUAUUGUUGGGCGCGACAGUAGAGAAUAUCGCCGACCCCUUCUGUCCAUGGAUUUAUUAAUAUACUGGUUAAUGAGCUUGAUGUUACUUUGAGAAUAGUCCUUACUAUUGAUAAUAGAAAUGUCUCUUAUGUAAAGUCUUAAUAAAUUAACGAUGCUUAUGAAA